AUGCAGACAAGGUGGGCAAUGGCAACAUGCUUUGACAGUGCUCAGUCAGAUGUGGGAGGGAAAGCUGGAGCGCGACGUCAUCAGCUUCAGCGCCGGGGUCAGCGCGUGCGCGAAGCGCGGGCAGUGGCAGUGGGCUCUGGCGCUGCUCAGCGAGAUGUGGGAGACGAAGCUGGAGCCCGACGUAAUAUGCUACAGCGCUGGGAUCAGCGCGUGCGGGAAGGGCGAGCAGUGGCAGCGAGCUUUGUCGCUGCUCAGCCAGAUGCGGGUGGCGAAGCUGGAGCCCAGCGUCGUCAGUUACAGCGCUGGGGUCAGCGCGUGCGAGAAGGGCGAGCAGUGGCAACAGGCGCUGGAGCUUCUGAGCAAGAUGCGGGAGGCGAACCUGGAGCCCAACGUCAUCUCUUCAGCUACAAUGCUGGGAUCAGCGCGUGCGAGAAGGGCGAGCAGUGGCAGCGGGCGCUGGCGCUUCUGAGCGGGAUGGGGGAGGCGAAGGUGUUGCCCACCGUCAUCAGCCACAAUGCUGGGAUCAGCGCGUGCGGGAAAUGUGAACAGUGGCAGCAGGCGCUGGCGCUGCUUAGCGAGAUGUUGCAGGGGAAAUUGGAGCCCGAUGUCCUCAGCUACAGCGCUGGCAUCAGCGCGUGCGAGAAGGGCGAGCAGUGGCGGCUGGCGCUGGUGCUGCUUAGCGAGAUGUUGGAGGCGAAGGUGUUGCCCAACGUCAUCAGCUACAACGCUGGGAUCAGCGCGUGCGCCAAGGGCGUGCAGUGGCAGCGGGCUCUGGCGCUGCUAGGCGAGAUGAGGGAGGCGAAGCUGGAGCCCACUGUAAUCUCUCAGCUACAGCGCUGGGAUCGGCGCGUGCGAGAAGGGCGAGCAGUGGCAGGGGGCGCUGGCGCUGCUCCGCGAGAUGCGGGGGACGAAGCUGGAGCCCAACUCAGCUACAGCGCCGGUAUCAGCGCGUGCGAGAAGGGCGAGCAGAGUUAG